AGUUAUUUCUACCAUUCUACCAAUGAACUUAUAUCCCAACUUUUAACAUGGUAGAAGGCUUUAUUCCGGACUAUAUGCACUGUGUGCUUCGUGGUGUAACACAUCAACUCGUGUGUCUUUUCAUCGAGAGUUCAGGCUAUCAGUAUUCUAUAAGUGGCUAUCAGUAUUCUAUUCGAAUACUAGAUGCACGUAAAAAAGAUCUGAAACUCCCACAUGAAUCUUCACGUAGAUUACUCUUGGACACAAAUAUCACAGCUAAUGACAUCACGAAAGCAGAUGAUUGUUUAAGAAGAUUUGUGUCAAAUGUGAAAAAUAUUUAUGGUGCAACAGAACAAUCGUAUAACAUUCAUCUUUUACUGCACCUGCCUGAUACUGGCUUGGGGUCCUCAGUGGGACAAUUCAUGUUUGAAGAUAGCAUUGGAAAACUAAAAGACCUACAUCACGGUACAAAGAGUUUACCUCUGCGAAUUACUUCAGGUUACACCAGUAAAUCACUACUAGCAGUUCUCAUAUCUAAAUAAGAGAUA